AUGGGAGAUUGGAAUUUCCUGGGGGGCAUUUUGGAGGAGGUGCACAUCCACUCCACCAUGGUGGGCAAGAUCUGGCUGACCAUCCUCUUCAUCUUCCGCAUGCUGGUCCUAGGGGUGGCCACAGAGGACGUGUGGAACGACGAGCAGGCCGACUUCGUCUGCAACACGGAGCAGCCUGGCUGCCGCAACGUCUGCUACGACCGUGCCUUCCCCAUCUCCCUCAUCCGCUACUGGGUGCUGCAGGUCAUCUUCGUCUCGUCACCUUCGCUCGUCUACAUGGGCCACGCCAUCUACAAGCUGCGGGUGCUGGAGAAGGAGCGCCACUACAAGCGCGUGGCGCUGCGCCGCGAGCUGGAGGCGGUCGACGCCGAGCUGACGGAGGUGCGCAAGCGGAUCGAGCGCGAGCUCCGGCAGCUGGAGACGGGCAAGCUCAACAAGGCGCCGCUGCGCGGCUCGCUGCUGCGCACCUACGUGGCGCACAUCCUCACGCGCUCCGUGCUGGAGGUGGGCUUCAUGACGGGCCAGUACGUGCUCUACGGCCACCACCUGGAGCCGCUGUUCAAGUGCGAGCGCGAGCCCUGCCCCAACGCCGUCGACUGCUUCGUGUCGCGGCCCACCGAGAAGAGCGUCUUCAUGGUGUUCAUGCAGGGCAUCGCCGCCGUCUCGCUCUUCCUCAGCCUGCUGGAGAUGAUGCACCUGGGCUACAAGAAGCUGAAGAAGGGCAUCCUGGGGUACUACCCCAACGUCAAGGACGAGGCGGACGACUACUACGGCAACAAAAAGAACUCGGUGGUGCACACGGUGUGCAUGAGCUCGGGGGGGCGCAAGGCCACCAUCCCCACGACGACCAGCGGGUACACGCUGCUGCUGGAGAAACAGGGCAACGGCCCCACCUACCCCAUCCUCAACGCCACCUCCGCCUUUGUGCCCAUCCAGGGCAACCCUGUGGGGCAGCCCGGCCUAGACAUUCACAAGGACCCGAAAGAUGUGGUGCUGAGCCCCAUGGAGCACAACAGCAACUCCAACAACACCAGCAGCGAGACGCGGUCCCCUCCGCACGAGCCACAGGAGGAGCACCACCAUCCGCACCUCCUCCACCCCCGCGCCGAGGACCUGGAGCUGGCCAGCUCGGAGUACCCGACGCUACCCGCGGCGGCGGUGGCGGCAGGCGACCCAGCGGCCUCGUGCGCCGUCUUCACGCUGGCGCGAAAGCCGCGGCGCGUCAGCGCCCCGUGGACCUGCAGCACGGUGGUGGAGGGCCGGGCCUCGGACAGCGGCUCGGGCUCGGACUCGGCGCGCGGCGUCGGCAUGAAGCCCCGCUGCAGCUUCGCCUCCAGCCGCGCGCGCGCCUUCUCCAAGCCCGACCUGAAGCGCCUCACCAGGCCCGGGAGCCCCGACUCUCUGGGCGGCCUGAGCCUGGAGUCUCAGCACAGCCACGGCGCCGAGCGGGGCAGCGGCAGCGACGCCGCUUUCUCGCCCGAUCGUCGCAUGUCAUUGGCAAGUAGCGCCAGCAGCAGGCGAGCCGCGACUGACCUGCAGAUCUAA